AUGGGAAGGCAUUCAUUUGAUUGCUUGGACCCUUUAUAUAUUCCACCAGCCGAACAAAAAGAUUUGGAAGGACCAGUUUUGAGAAUAAUUCAAUAUAAAUAUGAAUUUAACCUUGAUUGGUACCUUUUAACCUUUAAAGAUGAAAGAAGGCAGCCAGAGUGGCAGCAGUAUAGAAACUUAGCAGGAUGUAAUGAGAUGAUCAAAGAGUUUUGGAUACGUGAAGAUGCUGGGAUGACUCCAAUGGUUGGCCCUUUUGGAUCGUCAAAGUUUUUGCGUUCUUCAAAUAAAACUAGGAAUUCAUCACGUUCUAUCGCCAAUGGAAAAAAUUCAAGGAAAUUUAUUCCUAAAGAAAAUGAGAAUGCCUAUUUGAACGAUCCCAGUAAGCAGUUGGCCAAUAAUACUCCAAAAAUUCAAGAAAGGAACGCCUACGAACAAGCGACUAGACCUGAACAGAUGUUCUGCAAGUCAAAGACCACCGGCAUUUUGAAUAUGAACAAUGAGUGGAUAGGAUGUUUGGAAAAAGGCCAAAACAAAACGUUUCUUGCGACCAUCAUCUUGAAACCUUGUCCUGGAUAUUGUCAUGACGCAUCAUCCCUACAUAUUUUCGAUAAUCAACAGAUUAUGAUUGAUGGAUUUAUGGAGGCUGAAAAUUUUAUAAACUUAAUGGGAUAUCACAAGUUGGUAGAGUGGUUUAAAAGUAAACCAAAGUUUAUGGAAUUUUCAACAGAAAAUAACAUUCACUCGAGGCGUGAACAUCAAUAUAAUUUUAUACCUCACUUAAUGAAGCUCAAAGACUUGCCAAAUUGUAAAUUUAUAGGUUAUGGGAAUAGUUGUUGGCCUUUUGACCCAUCUAUAGAUUUAGAAGAAUGGUUCUUGCAUGGGGGGCUCGUAACCAUAACGAAUAAGACAUUUAAUGCACAGAACCACAUUUUUGAUAGACUUUACAAAGUGUUUCAAUAUCAGUCAACACUCCAUGUUUCUUCAACGUGGAAAGUUGUAAUAUAUAAAAAUGUAGAGGAUAAUCUAGUCAAGAAUUUUGAAGCUUCCCGUUGUAGGCAGUCACUGAUUUCAUUACGUAUGAUCAGAUUAAGCAUUAAAGAUGGUAUGAGUCGAUAUUUUGAAGCCGACGAGCUUUUUUGUCAAAAUGAGAUUCACCAUUUUCAUCCAAAAAUUGAUUUCAUCAUGUCAAAAAAAAGACUUUGGGAAACCGAUCAUGACUUAACACUACCUACCAGAAUUCCUGACGAGUCUGAUAAGUGGAAAAGAAUUCGAUGCGAUGAAAUUUCUCAAGAUAUUGAGAAUUUCUAUGAGGAUAUCGUCAAGCAAAUUUCUUGUUAUAAUAACAAUGAUGCAAUUCCCAUCAUUAUUGAUACAAUGUUGAAUUCAAAAUGCUGUGCUAGAUGCAUUCUUAGGUUCUUAAAUGUCCAUGAUUAUAAUCUCUAUUCUGCAUCCGAAGAAGUUUUACUCAAGCUUAUCAUUCGAAUUCGUGAAGAUUCACUCAAAUCGAUUGAUCCUAAAUUAACUUCAUCUAUUAAACAUUCUUUUACUGAAACGUUUUCAUGCGAACCUCAAGAUAAACCUAUUUGCGUUACAUGUUUCGAUCUUCUUUAUCAAGCGGAUACUAUUGAUGAUUUAAAAGUUCAAUGCUCUUUGGCGAAAUUAGUGGACUUGAAAGAAAUUUUCAAGCCUUUACUAGGUUGGGGUAUUGAAAAACAAACGGGAUUGAUAUAUAAAUGUCAAAGCCAAUUUAACAUAUCUAUAGAAUAUUACCAUGAAGAAACGCAGAGAAUUCACAUGUUUUUGACAAAAAUACCCUCUGCUGGAUUUGGAAUUAAAAAGACUCGUGUCAAAGGAAAACAUAUUCGGACGGGAGAUUCACGUCCAAAUAUAACUAACGCUUUACAAAAAGUAUCAGAUGAAGAAUUUUUAAAAAUGUGUUACAAUUGUCCACCAACUGUGAAAGAACGAUGGAAGCAUAAACCACCAAUAUUGGAACACGCAACUGUUUAUGUUGGAGGGAGGUAUAAUAAAUUUUCACGAGAUAUUAGUCAAACCCCAUGGAUUAUUAAUGGCGUUAAAUUGGCACCAACUUCUGUUUCCGAAUGCAUUGGAGAAAAAAUACGCGAGCUACUUAGGUGUGAUGAUUAUAAUUUUGUACCAGCAGGUCGGGAGGAUUCUAACGUGCGUAUGUUGGGUGACGGUAGACCAUUUUUCAUGGAAAUAAUAAAUCCUCGGAACCCAUUUCCAUCUCAAGAAGCUCUAAAUACUGUACAAGAAGAAGUAAAUAAGGAAAAUACGGAUUUGGUGCGAUGCCAUAGAUUAACAAUGAUAACCAAUAAACAGGAUUUAUCCAUUAUUAAAGAAGGUGAAGAAACGAAGACAAAAACAUAUAGUGCACUUGUUUGGAUUUCUAAAAAAGUUACAUCUGAAAUAGUUGACGAGAUAAACAAGCUUCGUGAAGGAUUAACUAUCGAACAACAAACUCCAAUUCGUGUUUUACAUAGACGUUCACCAGCAGUACGUACUAAAAAGAUACAUUACAUUUUUGCUGAACAAAUUGAAGAUAAUUUUCUAACCCUAAAAAUGAAGACUGAAGCUGGAACAUAUGUUAAAGAAUUUAUUCAUGGAGAUUUAGGAAGAACCGUUCCAAAUUUGGGGGAUAUUAUCAGGUGUCAUGCAGAUAUUUUAACCUUGGAUGUUUUAGAAGUUGAUUUGAAAUGGCCAAUUCAAUGA